AUGCCAAAAGCAACACGAAAACAAAUACCACCCAACUUUGACAUGUCAUUUCUUCCAACUGAUCAACAAAUAAAAGACAUUCAAGAAGCUGGUAUACCAUUAACUACGAAAAAAAAUACUGAAUUCUGGGUUAAGGUUUUAACUAACUAUAGAGAAAAACAUCAUAAUGGAAUUCCAAUUGAAUUGGUUAACGACAAAAAAAUAUUAGAAAAACAAUUAUGUGAAUUUGUUGUUGGUGUGCGAAGAGAUGAUGGCGAAGAAUAUUUGUCAUUAAAAAAUUGUAUCACUGCAAUUGAUAGACAUUUGAAAAGUCACAGUGUAAUUAAAGAUCAAAUUACCUUAAAUGGAAAUGCAUGUGAGCAAAACUAUCUAGACUUAUAUAAAACUUUAAAUGGAAAGCUAUGUGAUCUUAAGGAACAGGGUAAGAUUUCUACAAAGAAGGCUGACACACUUUCACCAGAUGAAAUCAAACAAAUUCUGAAUCACCCAUCAACAUCAAAAGAUAUACCCGAAGGUCUUUCUAGGAGAGUAUUUAUAUGGGUCUGUUUAGUAUUUUGUCCUCAUGGUGGUGGUCUUGAUGGUAAUAAUGAAUCACUAAAUAUCCUAUGUCCACAUGAUUUAGAACAUCAAGGAGCUUAUGAUGACAUUAUAUCUUAUUUGAGUAAACGACCAACACUAUGUAUUACAAAAGAAGCUCUAUUUGUUCAAAAUCGAAUUAAAGCAUAUGACGACUUUCAAGAUGGUACUACAGAUAAACUUGCUGAUUAUACUGUAUAUAAUGCUUUAAUAAAUGCAGCAGAAGCAUGGUCUAAUGUAUCACAACAAACAAUACAUAAUUGCUGGUUAAAAACUGGCAUUCUUCCAGAAAGAACAAUCACUGAACCUUUCAGUAUUAAUGACGAGGAUGAGGAGAAAGAUUUGGAAAUGCUUCUUGAAAAGUUACCAAAUAGUAACAAUCUUUCAGCAAAUGAAUACAUUCAUGUUGAGGAUGAGAAUGUUUGGACAGACCUCACUGAUGAGGAUAUAAUAGAAAUGGUAAACCAGGAGGAACAGAGUAGCGAAGAGGAAGUUGAAUCAAUGGAAGAAAUCGAGAUAAUAAGUAAUAAAGUAGCUAAAGAGUCAGUAGAUACUGUUUUAAAGUAUUUGUAUCAGCAAGGACCAGAAUUUGGUGAGGUUGGUGAAGAAUUUAAAAUCUUGGCUGAAAUUGCUUUAGAGAAAAAAUUUGAAGAGCGCAAGAUUGGUUUAACUCUUCAUUUUGAACAAGAACAACGAUGGAGAUUUAACGUAAAUUUUAUUUUUGACUGUAUAAAUCAACAAAAUGGAGAUUUCAUUUUCAAGCCUACAACAAACGGCCAAGACAAUAAUGAGAACGAAUUGCAGAAUAAUAAAUUUUAUCAUUCAACAAUCUUACGCAAACCUACAUUAUGGAAAGUUACUUAUAACGACAAUGUCAACAACGACAACGAUAAAGAAGACGAGAAGUCACAAGCUUAUGUUAAUUUAUUACAAAAAUCAUGUCAAUUGUCGAUAAAAUCAAGAAAUCAAACUUUCCAAAAAAUUCAAAAUGUUUAUAGAAUCGGUAACGGUUCAAAUCAUCUUAAAGUUCCAUACAAAUUCACCUAUUCAACCAAAGACAACGACAGUAACGAAGUCAACAGAUUAAGAUCACGCGGUGGUGAUCGUAUAAUGAAUCCUUUAUCAUUCGAAUGUUCACCUAGUUUCUUUUAUCCACAAGAAUCAACAACUCACAGGUUGCUGAUGUCAAUAACAAAGCAUAAACCAAUUUUAAGACAAUCAUUGAAAUUGUCAUCAACUAAAAAAUCUAUCAUAGCCACAAGCACCACAAACUCCACCAUACCUCCACCAUCACCUAGAAACUUCACAUAUUCUCCACCCUUUCAAUCAGAAACAAACGCUUCAAGAUUAGAAGAAAAGAAAAUUUUAUUCAAAAUUCCUUCAAAAUGGGCACGGGGUCCAAGAUAA